AUGGUUCGUUUGCCACCAAGUCGUUUGCUUGCGCCCUCUCGCUGCCCGCUUGUCCGUGACCCCGCGGUGGCUGAUGCCCUUACCGAAGACCAGGUCGCCGAGUUCAAGGAGGCUUUUUCUCUCUUUGACAAGGAUGGUGAUGGCCAGAUUACCACCAAGGAGCUCGGAACCGUCAUGCGAUCUCUCGGCCAGAACCCUUCCGAGUCAGAGCUUCAGGAUAUGAUUAACGAAGUUGAUGCUGAUAACAACGGCACUAUCGAUUUCCCCGAGUUCCUCACAAUGAUGGCCCGUAAGAUGAAAGACACUGAUUCCGAAGAGGAAAUCAUGGAAGCUUUUAAGGUUUUUGACCGCGACAACAACGGCUUCAUUUCCGCGGCCGAGCUGCGACAUGUCAUGACUUCUAUCGGUGAGAAACUCACCGAUGACGAAGUCGAUGAGAUGAUCCGUGAGGCUGAUCAGGACGGCGACGGCCGCAUUGACUAUAACGAGUUCGUCCAGCUUAUGAUGCAAAAAUAA